CAAAAGAAAAUUAUUCUCGUAGAAGAAAAACUGCAUUUGUGAAAAGUUAUUUAAAAAAUAAUAUAAAACAUAAAUAAAUAAAAAAAAGAAUAAUUGUCACAAGUAAAAUAAUAAUAAUAAUAAAAAAAGAAACAACAAGCAUUAGUAGAAUAAAUAGUAUUUUGCAUUUACCAAUGGAAACAUGGAUAACGAACAACCACAUCAGGAACUUGUUAAGUGUGUCCUUGUUGGCGAUACAGCCGUAGGCAAAACGCGAUUAAUAUGUGCUCGUGCAUGCAACAAACACGUUUCCCUUUCACAAUUAUUAUCCACUCAUGUGCCCACUGUUUGGGCUAUAGACCAAUAUCGUAUAUAUAAAGAUGUACUUGAACGCUCGUGGGAGGUAGUGGAUGGUGUCAAUGUAUCCUUGCGUCUCUGGGACACGUUUGGUGAUCAUGAUAAAGAUAGGCGUUUUGCUUAUGGACGCUCUGAUGUCGUUUUGCUGUGUUUUUCCAUUGCCAGCCCUAUAUCUUUGCGGAAUUGCAAAGCCAUGUGGUAUCCAGAGAUAAGAAGAUUCUGUCCUGAUGUGCCCGUUAUAUUGGUGGGAUGUAAAAACGAUUUGCGUUACAUGUAUCGCGAUGAGACCUAUCUCUCGUAUUUUGGUGAGAGAAGUACAUUUGUAAGAGCUGCUCUCAAAAGUGAUUUGGUAAUGCCGGACGAGGCUCGUGCCGUGGCCCGAGAACUAGGCGUAUCCUAUUACGAAGCCAGCGUUUUCACCUAUUUUGGGGUGAAUGAAGUUUUCGAAAAUGCCAUACGUUCGGCUUUAAUAGCCCGACGACAACAACGCUUUUGGAUGACAAAUCUUAAGAAAGUGCAAAAACCUUUACUACAGGCACCCUUUCGUCCCCCCAAACCGCCACCACCCGAAAUGACCGUAGUGGUGGGUAAUUUUCGCCAGGACAUGUACAACAUGUUUUUGGCUCAAAAUUAUACCGACCUUAUUUUGGUUGUUGGCACAAUUAAAUUUCCCGUACACAAAUUUAUGCUUGCUGCAGCUUCGAAUGUUUUCAAUCGUAUUUUGAAUACCGAAAUAACGGAUAUGGGCGGACGCAGCAGCAGUGAGUCGAGUAUGAUAAGUUCAACAUUUGGUGAGGCCACAACAGCAGAUUUCAACGAUGACACCGAGUGCCUGAUACGCAAUGAAUCUCGUGCACAAAGAAUGUGGGAGCAAAUUAAGCGCCGUUCCAGUUAUCAAGCUUUGCCUUUAAUUGAAGCAAAAAAACCAAGUGAACUUUACAAGGAUCUUCAUCAUCCUGUAUUCCAAAAUAUACGCAUAGUUCAGGUGGACAAUGGUCGGGGUAAUCUGAUAAAUCAAACAAUUAUAACAUUAACAAAGAUUAUAACCACACAAGCUUUGCAUCAAUGUCUCAAAUUUAUUUACACUGGCACUAUUGAAAAAGAAUUGAACAAUAUACAGGAUAUUGAACAAGCUGCCGAUUUGCUGGAACUGCCUCAAUUAACACAAUUGCUUACCAAGACACAAAAUAACGCACCCAGCAUUAAUGAUGAUCCUAGUUCUCAUAUAUGUCUUAGUAUUAAAGAAAAUAUGGAAAAACAUAGCAUGGGCGAUGGUUGCUUUACCGAUAUAACAUUUGAAUUGGACGAUGGUCAAAUGAAAGCACAUCGUGCCAUAUUGGUAGCUCGCUGUGAUGUAAUGCGUGCCAUGUUGGCUGGUGAUUUUCGUGAGGCACAUUCUAGUGUGAUUGUAUUUCCUGGCGUGACUAUUUAUACAUUCCAUAAAUUACUUUGCUAUUUAUAUACCGAUGAAAUACCACACAUUUCGGCUGCUAAAUGUCUUAAUCUUUUGGAAUUAGCCAAUCGCUUAUGUCUGCCACGUUUGUUAAAUUUAGUUGAGUGUCGUGUUAUAGAGGAUCUCACCAUGAUUUCACAAAAGGAAACCAAUGAAACAGUAGAUCAUUGUCUUAAGCUUUUAGAGCCUGUAAAGCUGCACAAUGCCGAUCAAUUGGCUGAAUGGUGUAUGUCUUAUUUAUGCGUUAACUAUAAUGUCAUUUGCCGGCAUUCAAUUAAAGGCCUCAGAGCAUUGCACCAAGAUAAUCAAGAGUACUUGCGUGAACACAGAUGGCCACCCGUGUGGUAUUUAAAAGAUUAUGACUACUAUCAACGUUGCAUUAACGAAAUGAACAAAGAGUUAAAGAACUCACGUCGAGAUUCACGCAGUGAUGACGAAGGCUGUCUUUGUUUUACAGGCGUAUUUUCUUGGAUGUUAGGUAAACCAAAACAAGAACGGAUCGCAGCGGGCAAUGUGAAUGGAGAAAGCACAAAUGAUAAUCAAAUAUUCAAUAGUUCUGAGAAUUCUAUGAAUCACAUUGAUCUGGAGGCCGAUAUUGAUUUGAAUCUCUGACAUCCAGCUCUGGGGCAUAGAAGGUCAUUUCGUUUUAUUGUGAUCUUGCCCGUUUUGAUAUGUUUCAUUUGCACUAUUUUGAGUAUUUUAAUACUUUUUCAAAUCUACACAUAGCGCUUGCGGAAUUGUGGCCUAAAGUAUGAUGAAACCUAGGAGAUAUGGUGGAUGAAUAAACUACUACUAUAAAACAACACUUUUGGAACGCUAGUGUGUGUUUUUUGUUUUGUUUAAACAAUAACAACAAGUUUUAUGAAAUGAAAAUACGCUACGCUGAACGUAUAUAAUUAUUAUUUUACAAAAACAAAAAAAAAAAAAAAAAAAAGAAACAUUUGACAAAGCUAAUCUCAACCAACAACAAAAAUUAUUAUGAGAAAAAGAAAACCAGCGCAUAAUUAAUUCACUUUGUUUUUCCUUGAUUAAAUAAACCAGGCGUAUUGUAUGACAAAAAAACAAAAAGCAACAACAAUAACAACAACAAACUAAAAUAAAACAAACAAUUUAAUAACAAAUUAACGCUUUACAACAACACCAUACUUACAAUACAAACUACAACAAGAACAACAAACAAACAUACAUAUAAUAAUAAUAAAAAAUUAUUAAUUAAAUUGCGAAAUAGGGAACUAUUGUCUAGCCAUUAAUUUUAAGCAUAAUUAUGAUGUAUAAUCGUUAGUUAGCCGUAAGUUCGUUCGUUCAAUCGUUCGUUCAUUCAUUCAUACAUUCAUCCAUCAAAAAUACAGUUCUUCAUUUUAAUUUUUAAACCUUGGUUUUUCUCCUCCUUGAUUUAGUUCUUGAUUUUGAUUUUACACCAUUUUAAAAUUUAGUUGUCUUUUUAUUUUUGUUUUGCCAUUUUUCGUUUACACAUGUUACCAAUCAACCAACCAACCAACUACUAUUGACUGAAGGAAUAAUGUACAUAACUCACAAAUGUCAAAAUUGCAUUUCUUCUUCAAAAUAGAUAUUCAAUAUUUAUAGUUGAAUUGUAUGUAUUGUGAUAUUUGUGAAAAAAUUUAAUUUUUUUCAUGUUAAUACAAUCUAAUUAAAAACAAGUAGGUUAAAAAUGCGUCAUUUAAAAAACUAAACUGAAAUAAAAAAUAAACAAAAAACAAAAUUAAGAUUUAAAUAAAAUUUAAAAAAACAAAUAAAACAAACAUAUUUUUUGGUAAUUAAGACAAGACAAUUGAAUAAAUUAGUAAUUCAAUUCAUAAAAAUAAAUGCAAAAAAAAAGUAAAAGAAAACUGCAUGUACAUACGUAUUUUUUAUUAAAUAUUAAACAAAUAUUACUAUUAUUAAUAAUAAUAAAAAAACUACACAGUAGUAAAUUUGCCUGGAUACAAAUUAUUUAAUCAAA